CACAUUUGGAUUUCAGAGUUGCAGCUUGUCAGACGACACACACUCGUCGCCGGUCGCUCAUUGCACUUCGCCUGUUCUCGUUGUCGACUUUGGAUCUUCGCCAAGCGUCACGCGACUUUGGCUAACCCUAGUUGUGUUUUUUUCUGGCUCUCGUCAGAUAUUGCUCACCUAGCACAGAAAGAGCAAAGACGAAGCGGAACAGAUGGAUCUAAGCGAUGAAGUCAGAGCGGCGCACAAACGAACAUUUCUCAAGUUCUUUGAACAAACUGAGCUGGACACCCAAUUCAAAUCUCAAUUCGACUCCAUGGUCAACAACAAACGACAUCGCUUCAUUAUAAACCUAAACGAUUUCUACAAUGACAGAGAAGGCUCUGACUUGGCUCGCAGGCUUCUUCAGAAUCCCAGUGAGUAUAUGCAACCAUUAUGUGAUGCAUUAACGGAUUUGUUCCGAGUGCACAGUCCCAAGUACUUGAAGGAAGGAGAACAAGUGCUUGUUGGAUUGACAGGCCCUUUUGUUUCAAGGAGAGUGACCCCAAGGGAGCUUUUGUCUAGUUUCAUUGGUUCUAUGGUCUGCAUUGAGGGCAUUGUUACCAAAUGUUCUCUGGUGAGGCCAAAGGUUGUAAAGAGUGUCCACUUCUGUCCUGAGACUAGCAAAUUCACAACCCGGGAUUACAGAGAUAUUACAUCCAAUGUGGGAUUGCCGACAGGCUCUGUCUAUCCAACACGGGAUGAUAGUGGCAAUUUGCUAGUUACGGAGUAUGGGCUAUGUACGUACAAAGAUCACCAGACUGUGUCAAUUCAAGAGGUGCCUGAAAAUUCAGCUCCUGGUCAACUUCCUCGAACUGUGGAUGUCAUAGUUGAGGAUGACCUUGUGGAUUCAUGCAAGCCUGGAGAUCGUGUUGCAGUUGUUGGGAUAUACAAGGCACUUCCUGGAAAAAGCAAAGGAAGCAUGAAUGGAGUAUUCAGGACUGUCCUCAUAGCUAACAAUGUCUCUCUUCUCAACAAAUCAGCCAAUGUGCCAAACUACUCUGCGCAAAUCAUAAAGAACAUAAAUAUGAUUUCUGCAAGAGAUGAUACAUUUGACCUCCUUGCAAAUUCACUUGCUCCAUCUAUUUACGGGCAUUUGUGGAUAAAGAAAGCAGUGAUUCUAUUAAUGCUUGGUGGAGUUGAAAAAAACUUGAAAAAUGGAACCCAUUUACGAGGUGACAUAAACAUGAUGAUGGUUGGUGAUCCUUCUGUUGCCAAGUCUCAGCUGCUAAGAGCAAUUAUGAAUAUUGCCCCUCUGGCAAUAUCAACUACUGGUCGGGGUUCCUCUGGAGUUGGUUUGACAGCUGCUGUUACAUCUGAUCAAGAAACAGGAGAAAGAAGACUAGAAGCUGGUGCCAUGGUUCUUGCUGAUAGAGGUGUUGUUUGUAUUGAUGAGUUUGAUAAGAUGAAUGAUCAAGAUCGCGUGGCUAUACAUGAAGUUAUGGAACAGCAGACUGUAACAAUUGCCAAAGCAGGAAUCCAUGCAUCCUUGAACGCUCGGUGCAGUGUAGUGGCAGCUGCAAAUCCCAUAUAUGGAUCCUAUGAUCGCUCAAUCACUCCAACAAAGAACAUCGGACUUCCAGACUCUUUACUUUCACGUUUUGAUUUGCUAUUUAUUGUUCUGGAUCAAAUGGAUCCAGGAAUUGACCGUCAAAUCUCUGAGCAUGUUUUACGCAUGCAUCGGUAUCGUUCAGCAACAGAUGGAGGUGGUGCAACAUUAGAUGAUGGUUCAAGAUAUGAAGAGGAAAAUGAAGAUGAGAAUAAUUUGCCUCUCUUUGUCAAAUAUAACCGCAUGCUACAUGGAAGGAAUACAAGUAGAGGUCGCAAGAAAGACGCUCUCACUAUCAAGUUUCUUAAGACAUAUAUUCAUUAUGCAAAGAACAGGAUUCAGCCUGAGCUGACUGAUGAGGCAUCUGAUCAAAUUGCAACUGCAUAUGCAGAACUCAGAAAUGCCAGUGCAAAUGCAAAGACUGGGGGAGGAACACUUCCAAUUACUGCCAGAACCUUAGAAACAAUUAUUCGGCUAUCAACAGCCCAUGCCAAGCUGAAGUUGAGAAGACAGGUUCUGAAGUCUGAUGUAGAAGCUGCUCUUCAAGUUCUAAACUUUGCAAUAUAUCAUCAAGAGCUGACAGAAAUGGAGGAGCGUGAAAGAGAAAGGGAGCUGGAGAGGAAACGCAGAGCUGAGGAUGAUGCUGGUGAUAAUGAAAGAAAUGAUGCUGCUGCUGCUGACACUGAUGGAACUCGCAAUAAUGGCAGUAAAAAGAGCAAGACUAAUGAGGGUGGCACUACUACAAGAACACAUGAACAUGAAACCAUGGAAGUAGAUGACCCCCCGACAGCUGAGAUCAGCAUAUCCCCAGAGAGAGUGGAGGCAUUUAGCUCGGUGCUGGGUAGGCACAGGCAUGCACACCACUUGGAGCAAAUGCCAAUUGCUGACAUCGGGGGUGUUGUAAACAAUGGGGCAGCCUUACCCUAUUCAAGCACAGAAAUUAUGUCUAUUUUAAAGAUAAUGCAGGAAAAAGACCUGUUGAUGAUACAUAAGGACGCAAGCACCGGCACUGAUGUGGUUUACUUCAUGUGAUUGGAGAUGUCCAUUUAUUGGUUUAGGUUAGGUUGGUUUGGUUUCUUUCUAUCCGUUUUCCCUUAGAACAGAACUCUGCUUCUUUGAGGUUGUGACUUAUGAGAUGUUUAAAGUAGUUAUGAAGUUAAUAUAAUUUUAUUUUUGUUGACUAA